AUGGCAGACGAGGUGCGGAAACUUGUAGCCCAAUAUUUCCAGUUUUUUGAUCCGCCACAACUGGAUCUGCCGCCAGGAGAUGUUCUACUACGCCCUGUUGUGCAAGAAGCUCUACAUGAGCGCAUGUUCGACGAAUCUCUCACCCCACUCCCGCCAGCUGCAUAUCGAACACGAGUGCUCAAGCUUAUAGUCGCGCGAAUUGAAGAAGCAAUCAAAGAUCCUGAAGAAGAUGAACUAAAUGACAAUCUAAUGGACGCCCUGGGCGUGCUUGUGGCCCAACCAAAGCCUAGCGCCUUGGAGCUGGCCCAACAACUAUCCCACGUCAAAUACACUGCCCCUCUGCAGUCCCCUCCUACCAGUGAUCGGGAGGUGACCACGAUCGAAUCGCGUGGUCUUAUCCUCUCCGGCGGUACGACUGGCAAUCGCACCUGGGAAGCCGCGCUGCAUCUCGGCUCAUUCCUCGCUUCACCUGCAGGCGAAUCGCUUGUACGUGGGAAACGGGUGAUUGAGCUCGGUGCGGGAACAGGUUUCUUGUCCCUGUUUUGCGCACGCCAUCUCGGCGUGAGGGGCGUUGUCUCUAGUGAUCGUGAGCCUGUUCUAAUCGAGAAUAUGCGCGAGUGUGUACGAUUCAAUUACCAAGGCGAGGGGCCUUUCCCAUUCUAUCCUGCUGUGUGGGACUGGGGUACUCCGCUGGAGAAGACGGAGGAGUUGGAGUCUUUUGUGGAGGGUGAAGAUUUGAGGUUUGAUGUUGCGCUGGGUGCAGAUCUGAUUUACGAUACGGACAUUAUUCCUCUCCUUUUAUCGACCGUUCGCGAUCUCUUCGAGAAUUAUCACGUCGAGCAAUUUAUUAUCUCGGCUACUCUGCGCAACGAGAAGACCUUCCAGACAUUCCUUGACGGGUGUGAAAACAAUGCCUUCAGAGUCGAGGCUCUUCCCUUUGAGUCUACAACCUCAGAAGAGCAAAAUGGCUUCUUCCACUCGACGAGUAUCCCAAUAAAGACAUAUCGAAUCUUGAAGGCUCAAUAA